UGCCGGGUAACAACUUCCGGGUUCAACCUGCAGCUCCAUGCGCGAAGUGACAGCAAAGUCAGUCAGGAAAUAGUCCCACUUUUAAAAACCAACAUUUUUUGUUUUGUUUUCUGAAUGCAGUUCUACGUUCAUAUUUCAUUAUUUAAUCACUUUUUAAAAUCUCCUUAAAAUGGUGUUUUACUUCACAAGUGCCGUGGUGGAGCCUCCUUACACCAUUUACAUGGGAAAAGACAAGUAUGAAAACGAAGAUCUCAUCAAGUAUGGUUGGCCUGAAGACAUCUGGUUUCAUGUGGACAAGCUGUCCUCAGCUCACGUUUAUCUUCGCUUGCCAAAGGGUGUGACUAUCAACGAUAUUCCACCGGAGGUUUUGAUAGACUGUGCACAGCUGGUGAAAAACAACAGCAUUCAAGGCUGUAAGAUGAACAACAUCGGCGUGGUCUACACGCCGUGGUCCAACCUGAAGAAGACGGGAGACAUGGACGUGGGACAGAUCGGCUUCCAUCGACAAAAGGAGGUGAAGACGGUGGCUGUGGAGAAGAAAGUCAACGAGAUCGUGAACCGCUUGGAGAAGACCAAAGAGGAGCGCUUUCCUGACUUGGCGGCCGAGAAGGAGUCAAGGGACCGUGAGGAGCGCAACGAGAAGAAAGCUCAGCUGCAGGAGCAGAAAAGACGCGAAAAGGACGAGCAGAAGAAGAAGAAGGAGACAGACAAGCUCAAGUGCUACAGUUCGCUGAUGAAAAGCGAAAACAUGCAGACCAAUGAGGAGGGCUACGAUUCCGACGACUUUAUGUGAGGACGACAUCAAUAACGGCUAAUGAAAUGAAACAAAGACGU